AUGUUCAAUGAUGCCACUGCCUUCUCACGCCGAAUAGCAGGUCUUCUGACGUCAUAUCGUGCCUCAGGAUCCUCCUCUGGGCAGACCUCGAAUACCGACACCGCAAUAGGUGAUAACAGCCUAGCAACUGCAUCUGCCAAUACUAGUCCAGUAGAGGCCACACCAACUAUCACUUCUUGCCUUGACAACUGCACCAGACUUAACAGUUCCCCGAAUGCUACCACUGUCUCGCCUGACAUCGCCAUGUCAACCAAUGAGGGUCUACAGACGUGGAGCUCACUCACGCAACGGACUGUCAAGAGCCUUGGCUCACUUCGUUCAGCUUCACCGAUUGCCCCACCUUCGAUCGGCUCUGCUGCAUCCCCGCCAACCCUACCACCAACAACAAUUUCCGCUUCUUUACCAUCUCGAAAUAUGCCUCGAGGUCUCCUCUUCAGUCCGUCCAGUCACGAGACAUCGCGACUGACGAGGCUUUCGGCAACUUCGACGCCCAGCCACGACGCUCAUACCGCUCGAUUGACCCAAUCUCCUGGUCUGCUAGCGUUGGCCGAAUCGUCGACGUCGACGUCAACGACAACGCCAACGCCAACUCAGACGCCAACUUCAACACUUGACUCAUCUUCACCUUGUCUGCCUUCCGGGCCUCAACUGGCACAAUUCAGCUCCGGCGAUACAUUCGCCCAGACGAUCGCCGAAACCAACGGAAGUGAGGCAAAAUUGAAACCUCUUCUGACCAGUUUGCCCGUCAGUUUACCAUUGGACGAUUUUGAUUUUGCCCAUCUUCCCAUGACCAGCCCAGCCUCGGAGACCGGUGUCAUGGCAACCACUGCCUCGGUGCCGGGAUCCAGCCUAGGCGAGACCGGAUGCCCUCUUUCGCCCGGGAUCCUGGUUAACCACUACUCACAGGCCCUGUCCAUCCUCACAGCCGCACAUGCCGCCAUGGCUGGCCUCCAUGGUAACGGUCUGCCAGCGUCAGCUGCUGCGGGCCUAUACUCAAACGAUAAGUUAAGAUGGUCGACUCCACCUCCGGCCAGCUUUGCUGGGCUGAGAGCGAGGCAGGAGAGUGAAGAGAGUGAAGAAGGCAAAGAAGGCGAAGAGGGCAAGCAAAACGGCCUCCGAUCAGCCCCACCGCCGGAACCCCUCGGCAUGGGCCAGGCUUUGAGUCCCGGCUGUACGUCUGUCGCUGGUGAGGGACUCUUUGGUCUGCCCUAUUUGCCCGUCUUCAAGUCGUGUCCAUCAGGAUCUGGGCCGCCUGGUUCGGCGUCUGCCAUAGCAACAGCUUCCGGCUGUUCGGGCCUCUGUCCGAACGUCUCCAUCGGACUGAUCCCGGCCAGCCAACAAUCGGGAACUCCGACUUUUCCCUACCCUCUUCUUUCCUUGCCCCCUCCGCCAGGUUCUUCUCCUCCUCCUACUCUGCCUCAGAUUCCGACGCCCUCAAUUUCCCAUCCACACGCUCAAUUUCUGCCAAACUUGCCACACACCAAUGCCCACCUCCACCUUGUCUCGGCCUCAAACUCGCCUACCGCUCGACUUUACCCGAUUCCAGGUCAGCCUCUUCCAACCUCCACAGCUUCGCAUCAGAUCUCUCUUCACGAUCUGUUUCCCGGUCUACCCCUCCCGCCUCCUCCUCCAGACACCGGACCAGUCUGUCAUGGCACCGAAACGAGCCCAGCAUGCCUGGCCCCUCUCCACUCGCUGUCAGGGCUGCCUCGACUUCUGCCUCCUUCUUCGCCUGCCCAUGCCUCUUCCUCCUCGACUCCAGUCUCCGCAGGUCUCUCACAGACGCUGCCUCCCCAGACAGGGCUUCAUCACAUCUGUUCACAUCUACAGACGCUGCCACCGCACCACCAUCUCCUCCACCAGCACUAUCAGCACCAUCAUCCGCCUCCAGGACUCACGGAGGAGAUGAUGGCGAGAGCGGCGUUGGCGUUCGCCACGAGUCGGCCGCAUCCGUUCUCUUUGCCUCCGACUUUCCCACCCACGGCGUUACCGCCUAUCGGGCCUACGAACUCGUCUUUCUCCUCCUCCUCCUCCUCCUCAUCCUCCUCUUCUUCUUCCUCCUCCUCCUCAUCUUCAUUCCCUUCUUCCCUCUCCUUCGUUCUGCCUACUUCGCUCUCCUCGGCUCUUUCUUCAGCCGUCUGCCCCCCCUCAAAUUCCGGUAUGACUUUAUGCUCUUCGGCCUCUACCCCCUCGGCCACAGGCAUUGCAUACCCUCGAUCCAACAACUCGGCAUCGAUUAGUCUGGGUCUUCGUAAACCCUCUCUACACACCCAUCAUUCACACCCGCAUUCACAUUCACAUCAUCCUCAUCUCCAUCACCAACAGCACCAGUAUCCGCAUCACCAUCAUCACCAGUAUCCGCCUCUGGGCCUACCUCCACAUCCGCACCCUGCUGCUGCUCAUGCCUCGCUUUAUCCCAUGCAUCAGUCCACCGGCUCUCCACACCUUGGACAAAGCAAUGUACACAUGAAGUCUGCCCAUCUGCCGGGCCCCAUAGUGCCCGGGCUUCCGCCAGCUCUGGGAUCGCCCAGUACUAGGACAACUCAUGCUGUCUCAGGCGGGGCUGAGCUGAAUGAAGCCAAUGGUAUGCUAUUGGUGAGUUUGAUCUACGAAAAAAUGUCGGGUAAUUGUGGCUAUUUUUUUCUAUUCAUACACAGAGUCACUGGGUUUUAA